AUGGCGCCCUUCAAAGAUGAACAGAUCCUGGUAAGUGCCGUCUGCGCCCGUCCAACACCGGUCCGCCCACUCACUCUCGUGCGCCUGCCANNGAUCAUCGCGCCCGGCUCGCGAACAACUCUUGCGCAGCUCGGCCUGCCCGAAUCGCUGACCCCGGCGCGUUUCCGACUGCGCUCAUGCAUGUUUCCUGCCGAAAAGCCUGGCGAGUUUGAGCCCAACAAGGUCCGCCGGAAAGACGCCCCUCCUGCCGAUGCCGACAGUGAUCCCGAGUAUGAAGAGGACGUCCUGUCCGAGCAAGGCGCCGUCUGGCCCAUCCAACAGGGCCGAAUUGUCGACUGGGAUUGCUUCUUCGCCUUGAUCGACAACGUCUAUCGCAACAUCAACCCGCCGUUCCACACCGCCAUCCUUCUCGUUGCCCAGCCGAUAUGGACUCCCAAGGAACACGAGAAGAUUGCUCAAUUCGUCUUUGAAAAGCUGAAGCCNCCCGCCUUUGGCUUGAUGGACGCUGCUUCAGCCACACUGUACGCCUAUGGUGUACCCACUGCCACCAUUGUCGACGUAGGUUACGACAAGGCCGACGUUACUGCCAUCUACGAUUACCUAGUCCACGACACUGGUCGCGCCUUGAGCGUACCUGACUGCGGUGGAGAAGCCCUGACCGAGCGUCUCUUGCAACUUCUUUCUUCCAGAGGCUUCUCCAAAGAGGUCUGCGAGCAGUUGAAGCACAGCCCAAUCUGCGAGGUUCUCGAAGGCGACCUACCUACCGAAAACGCUGCGGCUCCCUCAGAUCAGCCCUCUAACCCUGCCGCAGCUGCCAGUACUGGCGCAGAAGGCUCAGGUCCUGACCAGCGAACGACUACUGCCGCUCUUGGUGAGACCCCUCUGGGUCCAGGUCCCGGGACUCAGGUUGGCAGCGAACAGAAAGACGGCGAAGACAACGAGGGUGUGCUUGACAUAGCCAGCAUCGUCACAGGCGGAAACAUGAGUGAAUUUCUGGAACGGAAAGAGAAGGAGAAGGCUGAAAGGCUGGCCGCAAAGAAAAAGGGCGCUGAAGCUGGCCCGGCUGGCGCAAAGCCUGCUAGGCUUCCCAACUCAAAAAGAGUCAAGAACACCUUCAUCUAUGAGGAUCACAAUUUGCGUGAUGCCAUGAAGCAACAAAACUACAGCGACAAGCAGAUCGCAGACAUGCAAGCUGCUGUCGACGUUGGUCCUGCAAAGAAGAACGACGCUGAGGCCGGUGACGCAGAUCGUCCCGCGACUGAUGGUACCCAGGAUGAGCAACGUUCACACGGUGGAGCAAUCCGCCGAGAAGCCGAGGUCGGUAUUGAACGAUUCCAAGCUGCUAGUGGCGGUGUGCUCGAUAGAUUGGCCGACGUCAUCUAUCGCACUGUUUCCUCUGUCGAGGAGGUAGGCAAGAGAAGUGAGCUGUGGGACUCUUUGAUCAUUGUUGGCAAUGGAUCAAAGGUCCGCGGUUUCAAGGAAGCUCUCCUGGGCACACUGCAGACCAAGUACCUGAUCUCACCAUCUUCGGCCACUAUCUUCACAUCAGAACUGCCUUCAAACCUUUCGACGCCAAUGGCAACUGGCGCCAACACACCUCAACCAUCAAUACCCCCACACUUGAGCUCUGGUGUCAACCCUCUCUUGUAUGCUGCGACCACGGCACAAAACCCCCAGCUGAAUCCCAUGAACGGUGGAAUGCCAGGAGCACACAUGCCGCAUAGCUUGCACACCUCACACGCGCAAUCACCUACAAGCGUAAAACUCGCCAAGAUGCCAGAAUACUUUCCCGAAUGGAAGGACGCGGGUUACGAGGAAGCAGUAUUCCUCGGGGCGCAGGUGGCUGCAAAGGUGCUGUUCAUGGUAGAUCAAGGAUUGAGCAAGGGAUACAUGACGAGAACAGAUUACAACGAACAAGGACCUCAAGGUAUACACGAUUGCAGCAUGUAA